AUGAAGUACAACACUGCCACCCUUUUCGCUGCUGCUGCAGUCCUGGUGUCCAUCACCUCUGCAUCUACAUCCGCCUCGGCUGAGUGCGAUCACUUCAUGGCUGGAGAGUCUGGAGAGCCCGGCAUUUGCCCCAUGCGCCCAGUCACUCCACUGCAGGAGCCCGAGGACCAAGAUCCUGAGGACCUGCCCCCUUGUGUUGAAGUUAUCAUCAGGGACAAUGAAUGCCGCUUUUCGCCCGUCAUAACUGGCCCGAGCCUUUCAGACGUUUCGGAUGCUUACCUCGAGGCAGCUGAUGAAUGCAACUGCACCGGGACCUCGUUCGCCCAUUGGCUCAACUGCCAGAGCUGCAUCCUCGAAUCAGGCCUUGCUGAGGACGACGUCAACCAGAUUUGGCUCCGGAUCUUGACGGGGGCAAAGUCGCUUCUGUGCGGCUCGGACGAGCCUGAUGACGACUUUCGACCGGCUCCAACGACUCCCGCGCCCAUCUUCUCUCCCAUUCGCCCCACGGAUUUUCCCAACUUUCCCCCCAUCACGGAUGCCCCCUUGGACGCCAAUCAGGCUGUAACUCAAAUGUCUUGUGGUGAAGAGUUCAGCAAACAACAAGACAUCAGCAUCACCACCGUCACCGAUAUCACACCCACAGCUUCUCCCACCAAUCAAUCUUUUGCAGCUACAACCUUGGCAACUCCGACUAUCGCAAUGGUGCCCCCUGGGUUCAACACCAUCGAAACGACCAAUGGAGCCUCCUCACUCGGAAAACCUGCGCUGGCUUUGGUGAUUGUUGGCAGUCUUGUUCUUGCAAUGCUGUGA